AUGGACAACCUACUCGAGAUCCUCAAGAUGUCGAGUAGCCUUCUCGUCCGAGACGAGCCGCUCCCCCCCGACGAGGACGUAGGGCCCAUCUCGUUUGCCAUCACUCUCGUCUUGUCCCUCUUCCUCGUCACGACGACUGCCCUUCGACUGUCGGUCCGAGCGGCCAACCGGAAGCUCGGAUGGGACGACUACACGAUCAUGCUCGCAGGGGCGACGGCCAUCACCAGGUUCGCGUUCGGUAUCAAGCAGUGGCAGCACGGGAACGGCAGACACCGCGUCUACCUCACCGACCACAACUACACGAUGAUCAACAUGUACGGUUGGUGGGGGCAAAUCUUUCUCUUUGUCUCGGUGGUCUUUUUGAAGGUGUCCAUCUGUCUCUUGAUCCUCCGUAUCAAAGACACCAAAACGCUGAAGACGCUGUUGUCCGUCCUCAUGGCGGGCGUCGUGAUCACCAACUUUGGAGUUGUGAUCAUUCUGAUUGCCGAAUGCCAGCCCGUUGGAUUCUGGAGAGGGAAGUCUGCCAAGUGCUGGCCGACUCAGAUUCGCAUAUACUUCAUCUACGCUACGAUAGCCUACUCUGUACUGACUGAUCUAAUCUGUUCGCUGCUUCCCCUUGCUGUUGUCUGGAAGGUCAAAAUCCCCCGCCAAACAAAGGUGCUGGUGUGUGGUUUGAUGGGUCUUGGACUGGUCGCCACUGGCUUUGGCGUUGCAAGGGCUGCCUCUCUCGGUAUUUCGACAACAGACCUCAGCUGGGCUUACUGCAUCGCCGGUAUCUGGUCGAACCUGGAGCUCUUCCUCGGCAUCAUCGCCGCGAACCUCGCCUUGUCCCCGUCCAUCUACAGCCACUUCUUUGGCAGCGGCAAGGCCCAACGAACGCUGCCGGGAUCUACCGACCGCUCCAAUCCCACCGAGUCAGGCUACCUCACCAGCAAACUCCGCUGCGAUCGCUUCGAGGUGCCGUCGACCAUGAUUCGGUCCCCCCGCCGACGGGGCUCGGAGACAAGGAGCCAGAAUAGCGAUAUCCCGUUGGAGCCGGGGAUCCAGAAAAAGACGGAGUUUUGGUGGACAGAGGACGAGGCCGACGAAGGUCGACAAAGACUGUCUCCAUGAGGCGGAACUUGACGGGUCUGGUAGUUGGGUAGCGCAAGCUGGGAUAGCAAUCUAUUGCUAUUGUGAUCGCAU